GCCCCCCUCAGCAGUUCCGGCGCGGGACCGGAAGUGACGCUGCAGGGGCGGGGCCGAGAGGGCUAGGUGCUGAGCUGAUGACGGUGGCCGCGGUGCGGUGUUGAUAUCCCCAGUUUCCUCCGUGGGCGCCCCAGAUCAGUCAUGUCAUUCUUUCAAGAAGCUCCAUCUUCAAGUAAUGCUCUGCAGACUUCCAACUUUGCACAUGUGAUCUUUCAAAAUGUGGCAAAAAGUUACCUUCCUAAUGUACACCUUGAAUGUCAUUACACUCUGACCCAGUAUAUCCAACCACACCAAAAGGAUUGGGUUGGUAUUUUCAAGGUUGGUUGGAGUACUGCUCGAGACUAUUAUACAUUUCUGUGGUCACCUAUGCCAGAAAAUUAUGUGGAAGGAUCAACUGUUAACUGUGUGCUGUCUUUUCAAGGAUACUAUCUACCAAAUGAUGACGGAGAAUUUUACCAAUUCUGUUAUGUAACCCAUAAGGGUGAGAUCCGUGGAGCAAGUACCCCUUUUCAGUUUCGAACCUCUUCGCCUGUUGAAGAAUUGCUGACUAUGGAGGAUGAAGGAAAUUCUGAUAUGUUGGUGGUGACCACAAAAGCUGGACUUCUUGAGUUUAAAAUUGAAAAAACAAUGAAAGAAAAAGAGGAGCUGUUAAAGGUAGCUACUGCUCUGGAAAAAGAAACUCUACAACUUAGAGAUCAACUUGAAAGACUGGAAAAAGAACUUAACCAUGAAAAGCAGAGAUGUGAUCAACUCCAAACAGAGCAAAAGGAUAAUCUUCAAGCAUCAGAAACUCUUAAAAUUGAAAAUGAAGAACUAAAGAAAAAGUAUGAUGAGACUACUUCGAAAGUUCUCCAACUUGAAGAAGAUAUCAUGACUGUUACUCAGAAAGCUAUUGCAAAAGAAACUGAGUUAGACAGUCUGAAAGACAAAUUGAAGAAAGUCGUCUUUGAGAGAGAACAACUUGAAUGUCAGUUAAAGACUGAAAAGGACGAGAAGGAACUUUACAAGAUACACUUGAAGAAUACAGAAAUAGAAAACACCAAGCUAGUAAAAGAGGUCCAUACAUUAAAGAAUUUGGAUGCAAACAAAGAAAAUAUGAUAUCCCAUUACAAAGAGGAGGUUGGCAAGUUACAGCUAUGUAUAGCUGAAAAAGAAAACCUGAAGAGAGCUUUCUUGCUUUCCUCCUCAAACAAGGAGGAUGCAGAUAUUUUAAAGGAACAACUUCGGAAAGCUGAAGAUCAUAUUCAGGCUAGCAAGCAGGAAGCUGUCUUAAUGUCAAAAGAGCUGAGUGAUACAGUAAAUGUGCGAGAUAAGACAAUGGCAGAUCUUCAUAGUGCUCGAUUGGAAAAUGAGAAGUUGAAGAAGCAGCUUGCUGAUGCUGUAGCUGAGCUUAAAAAAGUCACUCUUGUAAAAAAUGAACAGGAAAUUUUGAGCACAGUAGAGCAGGAACUGCGCAGAGAGGUUGAGGAUCUGAAGCUUCGUCUGCAGAUGGCUGCUGACCAUUAUCGAGAAAAGUUCAAGGAAUGCCAAAAGCUCCAAAAACAAGUGAAUAAACUUGUAGAUCAGACAAAAACUGCAGGGAACCAACAGAAAGUGACAGAUGCCUCAAACAUUGAGACAGCUACUGCAGUCGUUACAGCUAGCCCCAUUUCACCUGAUAUAGUUUCAGAGUUCGUGGUAAAGGAGCAAGCAUGUGAAAUGAACAAAGAAAUUGCUGAGAAAACAGAGAAGUAUAAGAAAUGCAAGCAAAUGUUAUCAGAUGAGAAAAUGAAAUGCAGUGUUUAUGCUGAUGAAUUGGCCAAAUUGGAGCUGAAAUGGAAAGAACAAGUGAAAAUCAGUGAGAGUGCAAAACUCCAGCUAGCAGCAAUGGAGGACCAGUAUAAAGUUCAGCUGGCAGAAAAGGAGAGAACAAUAAAAGAGCUGAUAUCACAUUUGGAGGUCUUCACCAGUGAGAAGGAACUUGGCAGGAUUCCAGAAAAUCAAGCUGAAAGGAUAAAUAAGGGACAGAUUUCUCAGCAAGAUUUACAUUUUCUCAGUCCAUACUCAGAGGAGAGGGGACUGGUGGUUCCUGCAGUGCCAAGUAGACUACCAGUUCUGCAGUUUGGAAACCCUUACGCAAUCCAGGAAACAAGAGAUGGAGCAGAUGGUGCUUUUUAUCCUGAGGAGCUCCAAAGGCUGCCUGUAAGGACUUCCUCUUGGGAACUGGAAGACAACGUAGUCUGCAGUCAGCCUGCUCGCAACCUUAGUCGGCCUGAUGGUCUGGAAGACCCUGAGGAUAGCAAUGAUGAUGAUGAGACUGUACCUUCUGCUCCUGAUCCUCCAAGUCUUCUCUUACAUGAGCGUGGAACAGGUUUUUGUUUUGACUCCAGUUUUGAUGUCCACAAGAAGUGUCCCCUUUGUGAAGUGAUGUUUCCUCCUAACUAUGACCAGAGCAAGUUUGAAGAACAUGUCGAAAGUCACUGGAAGGUGUGCCCCAUGUGCAGUGAGCAGUUCCCUCCUGACUAUGAUCAGCAAGGCUUUGAAAAGCAUGUUCAGACGCACUUUGAUCACAAUGUUUUAAAUUUUGACUAGAUAAGUAUAAGUAAUUUUUGUUUGGGUUUUUUUGUAGUCAAGUUUAAAAAACAUCUCCACCAGGCAGUCCACCUAGAGAAAAGAAAAUGCAGCUUUCAUAUAACUUAAUGCAGAUAUCUAAAUGCUACUUUCAGUAUACAAUACUCUACAGUGUAAUUGGAGUUAAGGUAAAUCUUUGGCCUAUCAGCAAUUGUCAGGUUAGCCUCUCUUAAUCUAAUAUUCUAUAAGGAAAAAAAUCCACCUUGUAUAUGUGUCUGUGUUUAUUCCCUGUUUAGUGAAACCUGUAAGGACACAGGGAGAACUUGGAUGUGAUUGGCCUCAGAAACAAAGUCUUAUUUCUUGGUGCUGUUAGUUACACAGACCGACUGGAGGUUUCUCUUGACCGUGAUAAUUGGAGCAUGAUUAAAUAUUAAAACUUACAGUAUGUAAUAAAAGGAUGUUUCUCAUAGUAACCUUGUGAAGUAUUUCUUUGGAUAACUUGAUUCAGAACAUUACAUAAUUUAUCCUAUGAAAAUAUAGUUUUCUAAUCUACUUCAGAAAUGUAAUGUAGUUGCAUGUAUUGAGAGACUACAUGCUUGCAACAAAAAAUAAUUUAUGGCAAAUACUUUAAGACAAACAUUUUAUAAGUAAAAGUAGAGAAUAACUUUAAAUAAAGUACAUUUAUGCUCUAAGGAAGUAUUUUUAUUAAUUGAAAGGAACUGUUAUGCUUAGGAUGACUAAAAAAUAUUUUUUUAAAAAUCACUACCAUUCAGUUUAAUUUGCACUUAGUAGAAAAUAUUGUUUGGAGAAACUCAUCGUGUAUGUUUUCACACAGAAUCAAAUAGUACCUUUUUUUUUUUUUGGACUAGGGUUUUAAAAAUCUUUUACAUUUUAAUUUUGCACAUUCUUUCCACUAUGUAACUAUCAGUAUGUAUAUCUAAAAACAUUUUAUAUUUAAAGAAUUACUUUAAAAUAUGUACUAACUAAACCAAGAAAGUAAUAUGUUCCUUUGGAUAAAAUAAUUUGGUUUUCACCUGUUGUACAGUAGUCUUGUUGCAUUAAAGACAAAAUUGUUCAUGGA